GUACUUGCAGUUCUCAUAUGCCUUGCGUUCCCUCCUUACGAACCGCUUCUUCUGACGUUCGCAUCUCAACAUGAUCACGCGGACUUGAAAACAAGGUUUUGUAUCAGUCGGAUGGAAAAUUCAUGAAUAGCGUGCAGAGCCUCAAAACUUUACUUCGUCAACAGGACCAUCUGUCUAUGGCGCUUUUCUAGCAUAGAAAUACCGCUCGGUCCUAAUCAGUGUAUCUUGGUUACCGUCCUUUCUUGAGCUAGCAUGGGGACCCUUCCUGUCGCUACGGCGGAGCUUAUUGGCACCUUUCUCGAAGCCAUUUUCUACGGUAUUUAUUUAGUGAUCUUCCCUCGGUGUCUCCAAGUACUUCGCAAGAAGCGUGUCAAUACCUGGUUGAUGGUUUACUUCUUGGCGACUAUGUUUGCUAGCUUCGUUCUAAUCACUAUGCACAUUUGCGUCGACCUUACACGUGCGAUGAUGGCCUUCACUGCUAACAUGGAUGUUGCUUCUGCGCCUGAAACGUUCUACGCCAACGUAGACACGAGACUCAACAUGCUCAAGAAUUCUACUUAUGUUACUACCACUCUCAUUGCGGAUAUGGUGAUCGUAUUUAGGACGUUCAUCAUCUGGGGACGCAACUACUGGAUUGUUUUAGUGCCCACUCUUCUUUUCGGAGCAGAUAUAGCAAUGUCUGCAUGGUUCACCUGGUCUGUAAAUGAAGCGAAGCCGGGAGCUAGUGUCCUCAUUUCAAAUGUCUUUGCUCGCUCCAAGUACUUCUACAUUUGCACCCUUGCGCUAAACCUCUUGUGCACCGUAUUGAUCGCGUACAAAAUUUGGAGCAUACAGCGCAGAGUUUUAAAUCAAUACUAUGGCAGGCUUCCGAAUGCUUUGUCUAUUGUAGUAGAGUCCGCUGCCAUCUACUCUUGCUUGCUCAUCGUGCUCAUCGGGACCAGUAUUGCCGAUUCAGCGUCGAUGUUCUUUCUUCUGAACUCAAUCUCUCCCGUCAUAGGUUCUGUGUUUUCCUACGUGAUUCUUCGUAGCUCAAGUACAUCCUCACGUUACAAUUCCGAAACUUCCGUGAAGGUUGCCAGCGCCCUCCAGUUUGCUGCCGGCAGUGCUGCAUCGGCAGACAUGUCUCAUGCUCGAUCUGGCAAGAAUACAGCCCGAAUGGAUGGCGUAGAGAUACAUUUGGAGCAAAUCGUACACACCGACGAAGAAAGCCACCAUAUGAUACAUAUGAUUGCAGCUGUUUGCACAACAAUGUAGCGAGCGAAAUAUCGGCAGCAAAUAUCAAGUAUACUUGCGGGGUUUGAUGUGGAAACCUGGGCAGAUCAUCUAGAGUCUGAGAGAGGGAAGAUGCCAUAGCAAUUUUACGUUCGCCUGACGCGGGUGUGUUUGGCGGCGUUCCUUGUCGUGAACAGCGGCUGUGAUCCAGAACAAAUCCAGAACGGUGAG